AUGGAGGUGCAAAUGGGUUGGGAGGCCUUGAAGGAUUUUUUCAGUGAACUGGAGAAGUUGUUGAGAGUGUUUGAGGCUCCAAAGGUGAAGGGGCCGAAAUUUGACCCAGAAGACUAUUGGUAUAAUGGCAAGAUUUUGGUGGAGAUGGCGGCAGUACAACUGGCACCGAAGUUAAUUCCUUUGGCUCCAGCAUUGAUUGUUGUUCGGAUGGAAUUUUUUUUGGAUGCAAGAGGGGUUAUCAUAAUAUUCAACCUUGCUAUCAAAUUUACAAAUUCAUCUUUUUUUGGAAAACCUAGAUACCUAUUUAAACAGCAGGAACAACAAAUGUUAAAUAGAGACACAUCUCCCACAUCUAAACGCUCCCUUAAAUUUGGAAUACAUAUGCCACCUGUGCAACGCGAAACCUCUAAUAAUAUUAGCCCGAUAAAAGCCUUGAACCCUUUUCAGAAUAAGUGGUCAAUAAAAGGUCGUGUCACAAACAAGAGGAAGAUGCAUCACUAUAGUUCACCAAAAUCCUCUGGGAAAGUAUUUAGCUUUGACAUGAUAGAUGUUGAAGGUACCGAAAUAAGAAUUACUUGCUUUGGAGACAUAGUAGAGAUGCAUUAUCAUAGGGUUGAAGCAGGAGCAUAUUAUUUUCUAUCAAAAGGUACCGUUAGGGAGGCUAAGACAAAAUGGAAUAAACUUAAUAGUCAUCUUGAGAUUACUUUGGACCACAAUUCAAUAUUGAAGCAUUGUGAUGUAACUGUUGAUGGUGAAGUAAAUGCUUCACGGUUCACCCCGAUCAAUGACAUCACGUAUUGUAGCAACAACACUUUGGUUGAUGUUAUUGGUGUUGUGGUUUAUGUUGGAAAACCGUCAAUAAUUUGUAGAAAAGAUGGAACCACAGUAAAAAAGAGGGCUAUCAAAAUAAAUGACAUGUCAAGUUUUAGUAUCGAUGUUAACUUAUGGGGGGCUGCAUGGGAAGGGUUAGGUGAAGACUUGAAGAAUAUGCAUGCAACCCAAACAGUUGUGGUCCUUGCGGUCAGCAAUGCUCGUGUCGGUUAUUUCAAUGGAAAGGUGAUCAACACCAUUGCGGCAACCACUUUGAAUAUAAACCCUUCUAGCCCGGAAGCAGAUUCCCUUGUAUCGAGAGGAAACAUUCCAGUUGACCUUUUAACACUAUCUUGUGUUGCUGGGCAACUUAACUCACCAUACAGUAGAAUGACAAUCGCAUCCGUUUUAGAACGUAUGAAUGUUCUCUCCGAAAUAGUUGAAACUACUAUUAGAGUUGUUGUCAGAUUCAUAAAAAACUUAUUCUUUUUGCUAUCCUGCCUGCCCUUUGCAAUUUAA